AUGGCGUCUCCCCGCUGCGAGCUCUGGGUCUCGGUGCUGGAGCCUCCGCCGCCGUGGGGCCCGUGCGCGGCCCCCGGGGGCAGCUGGGAGCAGCAGCAGCGAGCAGCAGCAAAAGCUGUUGCUUGUGCUGCGCUGCUGCCAGUGUUUGCGAGGGCUUUGCAGAACAUUAGGGUUUUGGCGGAAGCAGCAGAAGAAGCAGCAAGCGACGCAGACCCUGACAACAGCAGCAGGCGCAGAGCAGCGCAGCAGCAGCAGCAGCAGCAGCACCACCGCCAGCACCGCCAGCAGCAGCAGCAGCAGCGGCAGCAGGGAGAACCCAGCCAGCACAGCAGCAGGGGCAAACAGCGAGCAGCUUCUCCAGCUGCAGCAGCCCAAGCCACGCAGGCACCAGCAGCAGCAGCAGCAGCAGAAGCAGCAGCAGCAGGGGGCAGCCCCUCAGCGAAGUCUGCUGCCAGGCACUGGGGGCCCCACAGCAGCAAAGGGGGCCCCACGCAUGCAAAGCCAAUGCAAAAGGCCAUAGAGUCGAUUUUGUGUGAAAAGAUGAAGUCUCUCUUUCAAAAGUCAAGCCAGCAGCAGCAGCAGCAGCAGCAGCAGCAGCACCUUAGCUUGAGGCAGCUGUUCGGGGGAGGCGGGGGCCCCACAGCUUUUGGGGGAGUGCAAAGCGCUGCAGGGGCUCGCAAGCGGUCUUCUCAGAUAGUAGAGCCGCAGCAGCAGCAGCAGCAGCAGCAGCGGCAGCAGCAGCAGAGGCUGGGGGUCUUUUCAUCGAAAGCACGCGCCGCAGCAGCAGCAGCUGCAGCAGCAGCAUCAGCGACGGCAGCAACAGCAGCAGCAGCAGCUGAAGAGGCCCCUCCGCCAGAGGCUGCUCCUGCUGCAGCAGAAGGGCCGGAAACAGCAGCAGCAGAUGCAGCAGCAGACGCAGCAGCAGACGCAGCUGGAGAUGCAGCAACAGCAGCAGUAGCAGCAGCAGAUGCAGCAGCAGACGCAGCAGCGGACGGUAGCUGCGACUUAAGCGAGGGAGAAUAUGCUGAUGCUGCAGAUGAGCAAUGUGCUGCUGCUGCUGCUGCUGCUGCUGCUGCUUCAGGCCGCGUUGUGUCUCUUGCUGUUACAGAGACUUUGGGCCUCCGCUUUCUUGUCGAGAGCCUCAAGCCAGCAGCAGCAGCAGCAGCAGCAGAUGCCGCAACGGAAGCUGGUGCAGAAGAUGCUGCAGCAAAGGACGCAGCAGCUGCAGCAGCAGAUCAACAGCAGCACAGCUGGCACCUUCAGACCCUCGAUUACACGGGGCUGCAGGACUCGUACCUGUCGGUGGUGAAGGCGCUGGAGCACGCCUCGAUGGAGGCGGGAGUGGAGCUGAGUCUGCGGUGGAUAGAGAGCAGCAGCCUGGAGUGCGCAGCAAACGAGGGCUUUGCUGCAGCGUGGGCUGCGCUGGCAGCAGCAGCAGCAGUGGUGUGCCCCGGGGGCUUCGGCGACCGCGGGAUCUGGGGCAAGGCGCUGAGCGCGCAGCACUGCAGAGAACAGAAAAAGCCCUACUUGGGGAUCUGCCUGGGCAUGCAAACUGCAGUGAUAGAGUUCGCGAGAAACGUUUUGGGGCUGCAUGCGGCGGACUCCGAAGAGUUCAACCCGCAGAGCCCGCACCCCGUGGUGGUGGCCAUGCCGGAGCACAACCCGGGCCACAAGGGCGGCAGCAUGCGGCUCGGAAGAAGAACUACUUGCAUUCGAAGUCCGGAGAGCCUUGCUGCUGCGCUUUACGACAAAAAAAGUGAAGUUUCCGAACGCCACCGCCACCGCUUCGAGGUCAACCCGGUGUACGUACACCGCAUGGAGCGCGCCGGGCUGCGCUUCGUCGGCCGCGACCCAAGUGGAAACCGAAUGGAAAUUGCGGAGCUUCAGAACCAUCCUUUCUUCAUUUGUUCGCAGUUUCAUCCCGAAUUCACUUCCAAGCCUCUCAAACCCAACCCCCUUUUCCUCGGACUCGUGCUUGCUGCUGCGGGCCUGCUGCAGCAGCGCCUCCAGCAAAACGGCGGCGUCCUCAGGCCCGGACACAUCUACACGCAGCAGCUGCUGCUGCAGCAGCAGCAGCAGCAGCAGCACGAGACCGACAAAAAGGAACACACAACAGACGCACACUGA